UUUGAAGGGGGAGGGGUCUCCUAUCUUCAUUCCCGGAAGAGAAGCGGACUUGGAGAAGAGGAGAAAGAGAGUUGGGAAGAAAGAAGCACAGAUCCUUUCUUUGAAGUACAACUGGGACAGUCCCUGGAAGUGGCCAGUUUUACCCUCCUCCGGAUCUCCUACAGGCAGCGCAAUGGCCUCGGAGGCACCGUUUGGACCGUCUCUUCUCAGAGGUGGAGAGGAAAGAGGAGCCAGGAAGCUUACUCGGGCCCUCUUGACCUUUGUGGAAGUGGCUGUGUUUUUCACGGAGGAGGAGUGGGCUCUGCUGGAUCCAGGCCAAAGAGCUUUGCACAAGGAAGUCAUGCAGGAGAAUUAUGAGAUGGUGGCCUCUCUGGGUGAUGGAGAAGACAACCAGAAUUUUGACGGGCCAUCUGUAAAGUACUUCAGCAUGAGUGAACACCUUAGCACACAACUUCAAACUCAUACAGGAGAGAAACCCUUUAAAUGCAUGGAGUACAGAAAGAGCUUCAGUGAGAGUGGAAAUCUUACAAUAUAUCAACGAAGUCACACAGGGGAGAAACCAUUUAAAUGUGUGGAGUGUGGAAAGAGCUUCAGUCGUAGUGCAAGCCUUACUAUACAUCAACGAACUCACACAGGGGAGAAACCAUAUAAAUGUAUGGAGUGCGGAAAGAGCUUCAAUCAGAAUGCAAACCUUAUUGUACAUCAGCGAACUCAUACAGGGGAGAAACCAUUUAAAUGUAUGGAUUGUGGGAUGGGUUUCAGUGAAGGUGGAACACUGACAAGACAUCUACGAACUCACACAGGGGAAAAACCAUUUAGAUGUAUGGAAUGUGGCAAGAGCUUCAGUCAACGUUCAUACCUUACUAUACAUCUUCGAACUCACACAGGGGAGAAACCAUAUGAAUGUUUGGAGUGCGGAAAGAGUUUCAAUCAAAGUGUACAUUUGAGAAUACAUCAACGAACUCAUACAAGAGAGAAACCAUAUAAAUGUUGGGAGUGUGAAAAGUGUUUCAGUAAGAGCAUAACUCUUAGAAAACAUCAGCAAUCUCACAGGGAGGCAACGGUUUAAAUGUUAGGAGUGUGGAAAGUGUUUCAAUUAUAAUGGAGUUCUUAAUUAACAGCUGCAGACUCUCACAGGGAAGAACCCAUUCAGUUUUAUGGAGUGUGCCAGGUUUUCCCCACAGAGUUCACUUUGUCUCUCAUAUCAACAAACUCUUAUAUGGAAAAUCCAUUGUAAAUGCAUGAAGUAUGUUUUAUGUUCUGGUGUUUGUAUGGAAUAUUGUACAUAUAUGUAUUAAAGCAAUGUAGGUAAUGUCUCAUAA